AUGAGGAAAUAUCGCAACUCCAUUUUUACUAUAUUACUAAGCACAUCCCUUGGAUGGAAUAUAAAUAAACUUUAUCGCCAAAAUAAUUUAGAUAUGUACGGAUUAAAAAAUGAUCAUGAUAUUAUUGUAGUUAGACAUAUUAACAUUUAUGAUAAAAAAGAAAAUGAAAAUAAUAAAAAUAAUAUUUUAAAUGAAAAAGAGUUACUUAAUUUUUUAGAUCGGUUUACUACUAUUAAUAAAAAAUAUAAAGGCUUCUGUGAAACUAGCGUUUUUAAAAAUUCCUCUUUUUCAUCAAAUAUGAAAAAUGAAUAUUCUGAUGGGACUUUUAAUACUUAUCUUGUUAUAGAUAAAUGGAAAAAUCAUAAUGAUUUUGAAAAAUCAAAAAAAGAAUUUCAAAAUAUAUUUUUAUAUAAUAAUGAUAUCUAUAAUAAAAAAAUGCAAGACUUUUAUUAUAAUUUUCAACUGUACCGAAAUAAUUAUGAAACCACCUCGGCAACAAAUAUAUUCACCAAAUUGUUUUCCAUGCUAUUUUAG